AUGCAGGCCCCAGUUCCCUGCAUCACUUCUGGAAUGUUUUCUCCUUUUAUCCAGGACCCGAACGUGCAACUGCUGGGGGUUGAAGCGGGCGGUGAUGGCUUGGACACAAAUCAUCAUGCAGCUACGCUGAACAGCGGGUCACCGGGUGUUCUGCACGGCGUUAAGACAUAA